AUUGCAAUUGCAAGCAGCUAAGGAAGUCGUGAUAUUCCGCCUAUUUUUGAACAAAACUCCGUCUUCCCACUUCCACCGUCGCACUCGAUCGGGAUGGCGGUCGCCCCCUUCCGCAUCUUCGCCGGCCGGUAGCCUGCUCGGAGAUAUGCCGUCCAGCCCCUUCGCCCAUGGAUCGGAAGGCUGACCUUCCGCCACCUGCGGCUUCCAACCACCUGAUCCGUUCUCGCGGCAUCGAUUCAAACCUCACCUCCUCCUCUUCUUCUUCUUCUUCUUCCUCCUCCUUACCACCCCCUGAUUUCCUUCACCAGGCUAUUGCUGCCUACAAGCGCCACAGACCUUUCGGUGGCAUGCAUGGCAAUAUCAAACGGGCGACCCGAGUCUUGGUUCCUCAAACUGACUUACAGAAGGGCAUCAACUCAUCGUCUUCAGUGACUUAUAACGAGCCUGGAAAGGCAUUUCCUCUGACAAGAGCAGUUUUAGAGAGUAGAAAAUUUGUGAGUGAGACAAAUGAUCAUGCUGAGAAUCGUGCAACUGUAGUUGCAGAACUCCAGGAGGAUGCCUCAAUCACACCGCCUUCUGUUGGUGGGACUUUAACUGCCAUCGGGGAUAAUAAAGAAAGCAAUUUUGAAUUGCAGAAGGUCAACAUCGACCUGCUAGCUGAUCAAAAGAAGUCAUCUAUAGCAGUUUCGUCAUAUCAGGUGCCAUCUUUGGUUGCACUGAGGGAGGACGAGAUAAAGAAGGAAAAUUCAACUUCACAGAGUACACUCAUGACAACUGAUAGUAAAAUGGAGAACAUCUCUUCUUACUUGCAUUCUCUUGCAUUGACAGAGCCGGAGGGGUAUUUGGGAACUCAGCUUGAGAUAAAAGAUCCAAAGCUUCAAGGUCAUGGAAAUAUAGAAGCGUUUGGAACAAGCAUGAAGUAUGGAGGCACUAUUUUAUCUGAGAAUAGAAAAGAACCUAAUCAUGAUCAGUGUUAUAGGGAAUCAGUAACAAGAUAUUCUGUUGUUGGUUCUUCAUCUGCCACUGCAUUGUCAGUUAACACGGGUCCAACAAUUCAAUCUACACAUGCUCACCCGACUGCACAGAUGUCUUUUACAACUCAAGUCUCUUCUCUUGCUAGAGAGAUGCCAUCAGGCAGUAAGGUUCUGGUUUCCUCAGGAGAACAAGUGGCUGUCAGAAAUGACCCUGAUUGGCAAAUUGAUAACAGACACAAUGUUCAUUUGGCUGAAAAAGUUAAUAAGGAGUUACAUGAUGAUGCCAAUUGCCCACCUCAGCCUCCAUUGCCAAAUAAUCUGUCUUCAGGUAUUGAAGCAAGCCAUCCUCAGCCAAGCAAAGUUGAGAAGUCUCGUCAGAAAAAGAAGUAUGAUCCAAAUGUAUUUUUCAAAGUUAACGGGAAGCUUUAUCAAAAGCUUGGCAAAAUAGGAAGUGGAGGAAGUAGUGAAGUGCACAAAGUAAUAUCAUCAGAUUGCACUAUAUAUGCCUUAAAAAAGAUAAAGCUUAAAGGACGAGACUACCCCACUGCUUGUGGAUUUUGUCAAGAGAUUGAGUAUUUGAAAAAGUUGAAGGGCAAGAGCAAUAUUAUUCAACUUAUUGAUUACGAGGUGACAGAUAAAAUUUUGUUCCAAGCAGUUGCAAAUGACUUGGGGAAUAUUAAGGACAAAAGAAUCAAGGAUGAUGAAUUCAUCUACAUGGUGCUUGAAUAUGGAGAAAUAGAUCUAGCUCACAUGCUUUCACAGAAGUGGAAGGAGAUUGGUACUCCAGGAUGGAGAAUAGAUGAGAAUUGGCUACGAUUUUAUUGGCAGCAAAUGCUUGAAGCUGUUAAUACAAUACAUGAGGAACGUAUUGUGCACUCAGAUCUUAAACCUGCCAACUUCUUGCUGGUCAGGGGCUCACUCAAGCUUAUCGACUUUGGUAUCGCUAAAGCUAUAAUGUGUGAUACCACAAACAUACAGCGAGAUGCUCAGGUUGGAACCCUGAACUACAUGUCCCCUGAAGCAUUCAGGUGCAACGAAAGUGAUGCAAACGGAAAUACUUUCAAGUGCGGGCGCCCCUCCGACAUCUGGUCUCUUGGCUGCAUUCUUUACCAAAUGGUGUAUGGAAGCACACCCUUUGCACAGUACAAGACAUUUUGGGCCAAGUUCAAAGUUGUCACCGAUAAGUGCCAUCAGAUUGGAUAUGAGCCUGUCUCCAACCCCUGGCUUAUUGAUCUUAUGCAAAGAUGUCUUGCGUGGGACCGCAAUGAAAGAUGGAGAAUCCCACAACUCCUGCAGCACCCAUUUCUAGUACCAAGAGUGCCUAAAGAGCUAGUUCUCUUUGCUGAUCAACACCCAUCUAAAUUGAUAGUAGAGAGGAUUAGUACUUACUGGAAUGAUCCCGAUGUGUCUAGGCUGUGUUCGCAACUCCAUGAAGUCAUAGAGAAGCUCGAGAAAGAACAUAAGGAUCCUACUAAUGUACCCGUGGACUCAAAUGUUUCCUGAUGGUGAUACUGUAUUUCAAAGAUAUCUACUCCGGGUGGCUGUUUCAGGUGCAUCCUUUCCUUUUUUGGUAUAUGUUCAUUUAGUGUAAUAUUGCUCUUCUGAUAUAGUGAGUUUGAAUCUUUUAUUGAAUGGGUCAUUUCCAUGUUUGCUGGAGUCCUCGUCUUCUUUGCUGUGUAGUGAGGAUCGUUAAUAUUUUGAUGCGACAAGUGUGGCCUAUCACCAAAUAUUGAAUUCUCACAUUUAUUACAUUGCUGUAUUAUGUAGUUAGAUUAGCUA